GCUAGCAAGAUAGAUGACCAUUUCUUGUGCGGAGGCCAUGCUAGUCUUCUCUGUAUCGUCUGGUGUCACCAAAGAGACAUAAACACGUCUAUGCGAGCUAGCCUUCUGAUGGCUCUACAAAGUUGUUUAUAGCGUCACGGCAAUCAGUAUCUUCAGUCCGCGUUCCAAGCAAAACAAGCCAGGGGUCUUCAGAAAAACUGUGAGUUUAGUAAAGAAACACAUCUUUCUGAUGAGGCUUGCAAAGGAGAAAUGAGCUGGGAGAGCUUCCGGCAGGGGAUCGCAUCGGCCCUCAAGUCCUGUGGGAAAGACACUGCCCAAGUGAGGCAAAUCCACGCCAGCAUUGUCGCCCACGACGCACACCUCCUGCAGCGCGACACUUUUCUCGCCAAUCACCUCAUCGAUGCCUACGGAAAAUGCAGCAGCAGCAGCACCGCACUGGAUUGCGCAGUCGGGGUCUUCCGCGCCAUUCAUCACCCAAAUCUCUUCUCCUGGAAUGCGAUCGUCGGGGCGCAUGCCCAGAUCGGGCAUCUGGAUCAAGGUUACAGUCUCGUUCUCAAGAUGCCGCAGUGGCAUCCAAAUCCGUGUGCGAUGAUGAUACGCGCCUUGGGAUUAAGGCUCCGAGUUGCAGAGGCUAGAGAGUUGUUUGAUCUUGUACCAGAGCGCGAUAGAUUUAUAUGGAACGUGAUGGUCUCGGCGUAUGCCCAGAGAGGAGAUAUGAACGAAGCUAUGAAGCUGUUCUUGAGGAUGGACGGCCGGGAUGUCAUCACAUGGACGACCGUGAUUCGUGGAUUCGCUUUGCUCGGGGUGUUUCACGAAGCCGAGGCCCUGUUCGCGAGGAUCCCCGCCGCCACCGCCGUGUCCUGGAACACGAUGAUCGUGAUGAACGCCGAGAGGGGUGACGCUGUCCAGUCCAAGCGCCUGUUUGAUCGAAUGCCGGAGCCGACGAUCGUGUCGCGCACGGCGAUGCUGGGCGUGUACGCGCAGGCCGGGCGGAUCGACGAGGCGGAGGUGCUCUUCUCGGCCAUGCCGGAGGAAUCGCGCGACACCGUCUCGUGGACGACGAUGCUCCAGGCGCUGGCUCUCCACGGCGAACUGGAUCGCGCCAAGGAGGUGUUCGAUCGCAUGCCGUGCCGCGACGCGGUGGCCUGGACGACGAUGCUUGCCGCCUUCUCCCAAUCCGCGGGCAACUCCGACGUGAAAUCCGCGGGGGCGCUCUUCCAUCGAAUGCCGCAGCGAGACGUGGUGGCUGGAAACGCGAUGCUCGCGGCCUACGCCCACGGCGGCCUCGUAGAUCAGGCGCUGGAGCUCUUCCACAGCUCCCUCCACGCCGCGGAUCGCAACCUCGUCACCUGGACGACGCUCGUCGCGGGAUUCGCCCACAGCGGCCAUGGCGAGCUCGCGCUGGAGCUCUUCCAGGAGAUGAUCCUCGACGGCAGCGCAAUGCCGGACGAGAUCAUCUUCCUCAGCGUCCUCGGGGCGUGCGGCCACGUCGGGCUCGUCAAGAUCGCGAGGAGCUUCUUCCUUGCUAUGGUUGCCGAUCACGGCAUCUCCCCGAUCCUAGAGCACUACUGCUGUAUGAUCGACAUCAUGGCAAGAACUGGCAAGCUGGGCGAUGCCGAGGAGCUCGCGAACUCGAUGCCAUUCCUGCCCAACGAUCUCGUCUGGGCGAGCUUGAUCGCGGCGUGCCGCAACCAGCAGGAUCUGGAAUUGGGCACUCGAAUCGCGACGCAGGCGAUCGAGCAGAGCCCCGGGAACUACACGGCCUACGUUCUCCUCGCCAAUCUCCACUCCAAGGCCGGGAGAUUCGAAGAGAGUGCCAAGAUCCGCAAGCUCAUGGCCGAGAAGGGGCUGACCAAGCAGCCGGGCGCUAGCACCAUCCGGAUCGAUGGGCGGGUUUACAGAUUCGUGGCCGGGGAUCUCUCGCAGCAUCCAGAUAGAGAGGAGGUUUUGGCGGCGGUGGACAGGAUCUGUCGGCUGCUGGGGAAGCACGGGGGACAUUCCCCGGAGAUCGCGGAGGUGAUGCAUGACGUGGCCGAGGGGGACAAGGUGAGGAUCCUGUCGCACCACAGCGAGCGGCUGGCCAUGGCGCUUGGGGUGGCGAGGACGAGCCCUGGAGCGCCGCUCACCAUCGUCAAGAAUUUGAGGGUGUGCUCCGAUUGCCACUCCACGAUCAAGCUGGCAUCCAAGGCACUGGGGCGGCGGAUCAGCGUGAGAGAUGCGAGUAGAUUCCAUCACUUUAGCGAUGGAAAAUGCUCGUGCCAAGAUUAUUGGUAAUUCUUGGAGUCGUUUUUAAGUGUAGAGAUUCGCAUGAAUUGGUGGAACUUAGCAAGAUAUCAGCGUGGUUGACAUGGCCGAGUUGGUCUAAGGCGCCAGAUUAAGGUUCUGGUCCGCAAGGGCGUGGGUUCGAAUCCCACUGUCAACAGAUCUUUUUUCUCUUUUGUGACCUUAGGAGCCCUAAUUUCUUAAGAGGCACAUUUCGUGAGUUAGGGCAGCGGAUCGCUGGAGAUGAUCGAGAACCAGGAGAGCAUUUACAAGCUCAUCCCGCCUAUCGUGCCAGUGCGCCAGAGGCCACCCAUCCCUAAAGCAAAUUAUGACGAGGAUACGGAUAAUUUCUUGACUCGCCGCGAUGAAAUUAGACCAGCGGCAACUUUCGGUCGACCGCUGGGAUCUCGCAAGCCUCACACGGAGAGAUUUCUCAAGAAGCAUUCAAGCCAACAUUAUAAGAAAAAACCCAAAGUAGCUUGCUGCUACAAGUCGAAGGAAAGGCCGCCCAUUCCACAUGAAAAACCGGUUUGAUUCCAUGUCUCACCAUAACU